AUGAUGAGUCACGAUUCCAGCGACGAACACCAUCAGAUUCUGCACGCUUCGCAAGACGACGAAGUAAUGGAGUCGCUGAUCCUCGACGACGAUGGCAACGACUCCGUCCACCGCCAACACCACCGCCCUACGCCACCGCAAAGCCCUAAUUCCCCUUUCAAUUCGUUCCUUGACCCUCCCUCCUACGCUGACGCGAUAUUCACCUCCUUCGAUUCCAACGGCCACGACCAAGCCAUCGACGAAACCCCCGCGCGAUCCGGCUCCGAUGACUACCUACACAUCGUCGUCACCGAUCCUCAGAAGGAGCAGGACAUCGCGACCUCCCUCGUCCCCGGCGCCGCUACCUUCUACACCUACCUCAUCACCACGCGCACCAAUCUCCCAGAAUUCGGCGGCGCUGGCACCGAAUUUGCCGUCAGGCGGAGGUUCCGAGACGUCGUGACGCUCGCCGAUCGGCUGUCGGAGGCAUACCGCGGGCUCUUCAUCCCGGUGAGGCCGGACAAGAGCACGGUGGAGAGCCAGGUGAUGCAGAAGCAGGAGUUCGUGGAGCAGCGGCGCGUGGCACUGGAGAAGUACCUCAGGAGGCUGGCGGCGCACCCGGUGAUCGGACGGAGCGAGGAGCUGAGGGUGUUUCUGGAGGCGAAGGGGCGGCUGCCUCUGGCGAGGACCACCGAUGUCGCAUCCCGGAUGCUCGACGGCGCCGUGAGGCUACCAAGGCAGCUGUUAGGGGGAGAGGCGGAGGUGGGUGAGGUGGUUCAGCCGGCCAAGGGCGGGAGGGACUUGCUCAGGAUUUUCAAGGAGUUGAAGCAGUCUGUUACCAAUGAUUGGGGUGGGAGCAAGCCCUUGGUUGUGGAGGAGGAUAAAGAGUUUAUGGAGAGGAAGGAUAAGUUGGUGGACUUUGAGCACAAUCUUAGCAAUGUCUCUCAGCAGGCUGAAUCCCUUGUCAAGUUUCAGCAAGACAUGGGUGAAACAGUGGGUGAACUAGGGCUGGCUUUUGUAAAGCUAACUAAAUUUGAGACAGAAGAAGCCAUAUUUGAGUCUCAGAGAGUGCGAGCUGCUGACAUGAGAAAUGUGGCAACUGCAGCUGUUAAAGCAAGCAGGUUAUAUAGAGAGCUGAAUACACAAACAAUCAAACAUUUGGAUAAACUACAUGAAUACCUUGGGACAAUGCUAGCUGUCAACAAUGCUUUUUCUGACAGAUCAAGUGCAUUGUUGACUGUUCAAACACUCUCAUCAGAACUAGCUUCUUUACAUUCACGGGUGGAAAAGCUUGAGGUUGCUUCAUCCAAAAUAUUUGGUGGAGACAAGUCUAGGAUGCGGAAAAUUGAAGAGUUAAAAGAAGCCAUUAGAGUUACUGAGAAUGCUAAAAUUUGUGCAGAUAGAGAGUAUGAACGAAUCAAGGAAAAUAAUAGGAGCGAGCUUGAAAGAAUUGACCAAGAAAGGAAUAGCGACUUCCAAAGCAUGCUGCGAGGGUUUGUUGUCAAUCAGGCAGGCUAUGCAGAGAAGAUGGGAGCUGUGUGGCAGAAGCUUGCGGAAGAAACAGCUGCUUACUCAAGUGACAGCAGCUAA